AUGCGUCUUCAGAGGUUAAUAAAACGACUUGAGGAAGAUUUAUUCUUGUUGUUUGUAGAUCGUAAUACUACGAGUGAACAAGUUGAACUGCUAAGAUCAUUAUGGCAUGAAUUUACAAAAAGUCACAAGACAUUGCUGUCGGUAGAAACAGCUUAUUUACAAAUAUCUGGAAGCUUGAGACAAUUAAUACUAACUACGGACGAACAAGAGAGACAAGAAAUUUGGGAGUCUAUUAAACGUAUAAUAGAAACACAUAAAAAAAAUAAUGAGACUGUCGUUUGUGAUACAAAUGAAGCUUCAGCAGCGGUUAGUGCUACAAAACCGAAUGAACCGAAAAGGGCUCCAAAACGUGGUCUUGACCAUAAACCUAAACCACGAAAAAAACAAAGACCAAAGGUACCCGACCUUGACACGCAAAUAGAAUUGACAGAGAACGUUGAACCAGGUAAUCAACACCCCCCUCCACCUGUCCUGUCCCCCAUACAAAGAUUCGAUGAUACAUCAUCAAUUCGUCAAGAACAAUUUUUUAAUCCCUCAUACCACCCCGUGUUCAGUCAGUACAAUACUUCCACCGAAGCACCCAACAUGCAACCCCAGUCUUCUCCAAGCACAGCGCUAACAAGUAUAGUAUAUGACAUAUUACCACCGAGUACAAACCAAUUCUCACCCCUGGCAAUGUCCUCGCCUUCUAUCUUCCACACAUCAUAUUCUCAGAAUUUUCAGGAUGCGUUUUCCCGUUCAGCGGGACAAUCGCAAAUCACAGACAACGUUGAGAUUGUACCGUCACAAGAUGGCGGUGAUAGUCAUGAGGAAGGAAAUAAUGGCGGAUGGUAA